ACCUGGAGACUAUCCCAGUGAGCAUCAGGCACGGGGCGGGCUACACCCUGGACGGGGUGCAGGGCACAAUCACAUGCACAUUCACACAACCAUUCAUACUCUACAGACACUUAGGACAUGCCAAUCAGCCUACCAUGCAUGUCUUUGGACUGCAGGAGGAAACCGGAGUACCCAGAGGAAACCCUUACAGCACGGAGAGAACAUGCAAACUCCGCGCACACACAGGGCCAUGGCGGGAAUCAAACGCCCAACCCUGGCGGUGUGAGGCGAACAUGCUAGUAGCAAAUCAUAUUAAUGUUUAUAUUAUUCCACCCCCCAGAAAACAUGCCAACAGGUGAUUGUGCUACGAUAAAUUGCCCCUAGGUGUGAAUGUGUGUACAUGUGGUGCCCUGCGAUGGACUGGAGUACCACUGGUGUAGAUUGUAUUCCCAGCUCACCCCCCAAUGUUCCUAGGAUAGGACGUGGAUCCACCAUGACCCAGAUCAGGAUAAAACGGUUACUGAAAAUGAGUGAAUGGACUUCAAGAGAGAGGACAAAGAGAAGCUGAAUUUCUGCAAAUUUCUGCACAUACUGGAGGCAAGUCGACUAUCCUUGUGCUGAGCAGAAUUUUGAGAAAGUGAAUCAAAAUGACGACUGUAAAGACUACCAUCGAACGUACAGUGUUUCCUGAAGCAGAACCUGGAGUUUCAGGUUCAUACAGUUCAGGGACAGACACUGUAGAUUAUUCUGAAGAGGAGCCUGUUUAUCCUGGCCCUCUUAUGAGUAAUGAGAUGCCGAAGGAGGACCUGAUAUUGUUUAUACAGGCCCAAGCACUGGAGUGUUUCGAAAAUAUUGAUAAAAACGACCAAGUGGAGGCCUAUUUCUUCUGGCGGAUAAUGGAAUUGUUCUGCCAUGAAAAUGGAAAAGUGAUGAUGUGUGAAGUUGGCGCAAUCAUCUUCCAGGUCUACACCUGGCUUAGGAAGAAACUACCAAAAGGCAACAAUGGUAACAGAUGGAAGGAAUGGUGUCUUCCUCUGGCAGACCUUUUGUCAUCUUCUGCACCAGAUGAUGAGCACAGAGAGGCUGUUAUUAAGAUGGGAGAUGAUCUUGCCUCCAGAAGCUGGACCUACGCAGCACAUCUCUGCUACGUUGUGGCAAAAGUGGAGCUGGGGUCACGUAGUCAGUUUGAACUGAUCGGAUGUGACAGCAUCAUGCCAUUUGGCCUGAAAAUCUUGUUUAAAGCCUUUGUGAGAACCGAGACAUAUGAAUAUGUGCUUUCGCUGACCUCAGGGCUGGCCCAGCCAAGCUUCCAGAUCUGGAAGUUGUGUCAGGCCAGCAGGCUGGCCAUUGUUGAUUUUACUGAUCUCGCCUUUAAAUACUGUGAGAACAUUGCUAAGGCAGUCUUCACUUUCCCUGACAGAAUCAAAAGGAGCUUCGUUGAACGGCUUAUUUUGCUGUCUUGCAAACUGCUAGACAAGAAGGCAGAAGAACCUGAGUGGCUGCUAAAGCUCCGGCAGCUGCAUAGAAUUAAAUUAGCAAAUGCUAAUGGUGACCCGGAGCAGCACAUGGCAUCUACCAGCCAUGACUUGGUUUCUGAGAAUCAGGACUCAAAAUGUACCCUGAGGACAGACGAGAUCCCCGCUCUCCAGUCCCCUGAUCUGGAGCAGCACACCUACCCAAAUGCUGUGUUUCAAUCGCGCUACACCUUGGGAAAGCUGCUGGGGAUCGGAAUCUUCGGCUAUGUCUAUGCAGGAGUCCGGACUGAAGAUGGGAAAGAGGUUGCCAUUAAAUUUAUUCAGAAGGACGAGACCAAAACCAUAACCAUUCCUGGAGAGACACAGGAGCUGCCUGUAGAGGUGGCGCUAAUGAAGAUGGUGUCCAGACCACCUCGCUGUAGCAAAGUGGUGGAGCUGCUGGAGUGGUUUGACAUAGCCGAGCAGUACGUCAUGGUCCUGGAACGGCCCAGCCCCUGUAUGAACCUCUAUAAAUUCAUUGAACUUCAGGAAGGCCGCCUGUCUGAAGCACAGGCUCGAGACGUCAUGCUGCAGGUGAUUCGGGCGGCUCGUCACUGCUGUGACCGUGGAGUGUUACACCGUGACAUCAAUGACAAGAAUCUCCUCAUCAACACCGAUACCUUGGAAGUCAAACUGAUCGAUUUUGGCUGUGGGGAACUGCUGAAGGACACCCUCUACAAAGAAUAUUCCGGCACUAAUUUCUUUGUACCUCCUGAGUGGGUGAGGAAUGAAGAGUACAUGGGCAUUCCUGCCACCAUCUGGGGUCUGGGCAUACUCCUGUUCUACUUGAUCUGUGGAGACUACCCCUUUGACUUAGAGGAGGAGGUUCAUGAUGGACAGCUGGAAUUAUGUCCUGACAUGUCUCCAGAGUGCUUUGAUCUGGUAAUGUGGUGCCUGGAUUUCAACCCUGAAAUGCGGCCGUCUUUCGACGAUUUGGUCAGGCACGAGUGGUUUACAGAGGCAGUUCAGGACAAAGUCCAGAUUCCUCUUGAAACCAAAGAUCGUGUACAGUAACUAUUGCCUGACCCCCCCCCCCACACACACACACACACACACUUACACACUUAUAUAUGUUAAAAAUUGUUAUUCAGUAUUUAAACAUUAACAAAUGUUUAUAAUUGACAGUUCAUAUUAACUACGACGUCUGCUGCAAAUCUCAACAGCAUAUACAAAGCUUUUCCAUGUACAAAUUUACAAAAAAAUAUAUAACAAAUAUACAGUAUUACUCAGUAAAGUGCCACCUUGUUUUGUUCGGGUUGAUGUUGCACACUGCAUCAAGAUGAUCUGCCAGUGGGACUGCUUGAAGAAAAAAACACAUCGCAUUAAAGAUUUCUUUGUGAGGUCAAUGGCACAGCUUCUCAAGUCACAAUCCAUGGACAAUGCAAGAGAGCUACUACGCAGUAUUACUGUUGUGGCUCUCGGUGAAGCAGAGGGCAAUGACAGCUCUGGAGCCCCACUUAUAUCAGAAAGGUGCAAGAAAUACCUGAAAGCCCGAAUUGCAGAAGAGUGUGUAAUCAUUCCAGAUGUAGAGGGUGAGGACCUGGAAAAAGUGGAUCCAUGUGACCAAACACAGACAGACCUACGGCAGUGGGUGACAGACAUAUGUGAGGAGAACAGGUCACUUACCAUGGCUAACGGUGAUCAUGAUAAUAUGCACUUCCUCCCUGAGAUUAUUCCCAAUAUAAUCUGGCUUGCAAACUACUUACCACUCUGGACAGGAGUAAUGAUCCCUCACUUCCGAAGCACCACCAUCACCCCAAGUUCAGCCAAUGUUGAAGCAGAGUACAAAAACAUCAAACACAGGCUUUUCAAGCAUGAAAACUUGCCUGUUCAUGUGGAUCGAUUCAUUGCUCGACAUUUGUCCUUCAUUGAGGGCAAUAUGCAUUUUUUUUCUGCAAAACAAAAAGGUGAAGAAGAUGCAGCUGUUGCAAUAGUGAUCAUCACAGGAGCCAAUCCACUGCGCACCACAACUUGCAGUGUAGACGGCAAACCAGAAAUGGAUACUUCCUGUCACAAACAUCCAUCCAACAGAUGAAGACCCUAUUGAAAACUGGAGAGGCCUAGCAGUUCCACCCAAAAAGAGGAAAAGGAAGUCAUGCCUCUCUUCUUGUUCUGAAUGGCUCCAUGCAGAUCCAUCUGUGAGGGGGAAAAGACUGAAAGUAGAACUAUUGAAAAAUUGAAAUAAUAAGCAGCCUGUAAAACUCAGGAAAACAAGAAUCUCUGUGCUGAACACAUGUGCAUUUGAUGCUUUUUGUCAAUGGUUAUGUUGUGCUUUCUGCGAUCGUGUCACUUUUGGAACUAUUGUUUGCGGCAAGGACUCCAACAACCUCCUCCAGCUAGUGAAAACAAUCACCACAAAGGGUCUGAAUGCACAGGUCUACAUACAGAGGGCAGAGCUGCUGAGUGGAAUAUUCAAAGCUGUCCAAUUGAAGUCUGGUGCUCUCCAAAUAGAUGCACAGUGCCACAUCUCCACUAUCAUUGAAAAGUCAGUGACACAACGUGCAUGUGUUUCCUUCACACAACAGUGCUCCUCACAGUAACGCAGUCUCAGCACAGAAGACACAAGGGAAAUUCCAUUUGUUUGUACUUGUGUUGCUGUACUGCAGGCUUCUGGCAUGGCUCAUCUUCAGACCGCGGUGGAAAAGGCCUUAACCUUCCAGAGUCCCCCUGCCUCAGGCCAAUCCAAAGUCCGUCACAGUGUCCCUCUGCAUUCAAGACAGACUCUACCUCAGGAAAAGUGUUCUGUACAGGGGAGGUUUCUCACAGUUACAGUCUGGGAGAACUUCUGUGGAUUGACACUGACCUGGGAAGCACCUCCACAGAAUUUUCUUUGUGUGAAUUUCCCUCCAAUCUGAUGCUCCAAGGAGAGAGAUUUACUUUAAGGGCAGUCAUUGCUUUCAGAGGAGGCUUAACCCAGGAUGCUCUUGGACAUUAUGUGACCUACUGCAGGAGGUCUCCAUGUGUCUGGGAGAUGUAUGAUGACCUGAGAAGUGGAGUGACAGGAAUGUCAGAAAAAAACAAAAUAUGCCCGCAUUGUGUUAUACACAAUAGACUGAUUGCAUAGUUUAAAUUUACUUUAACAAAGUCAAGUAUUUUUGUUGUAGGCCACACACCCUCGUUUUCCUACUCCUGCUUGGAGAAAUCGUCUCUGCUUUUCUGGAAGUCGGGCUUGAUGGUGUUUGCACUCAAGUCUUUGUUUGAAGACAGAUAGUGGCUUGUCAGUAUUAAGUGUUUUUAAGUUUGUUUUUAAAGGUCCAUUAUUUGCAUCCAACGAUUUUUGAUAGUACACAGUAAUUCAAGUUCACAAGUAAAAUCAUUUUGACUUAAUUCUUCAUUCAUUGAGUCAUAAGUUUCCAUAUACAUAUACACACACACACUCACACACACACACACACACACGUAUGUAUACACACAGAGCUACAGCAGACAAAUUAUGGUGUGUGUAUUUAUAUUUAUGACAGUGUUAAUAUUACGAUUGUUAUUCUCAUAACAACAUAGACAGUAACAAGUAAAAACACUUACCUUGGAGAUUGUGUUACAUUUCACACAUCCUGUGAUCCGCUGUGUCCCUUAAAAGUUGAAAAUGCACAGUGGAUAGGUAACAACUAAGUGAAUGCGACUAUUUAAUGUGAUUUGUUUUGCCGUUUGGAUAUUACCUUGUUAUUUCAACUGCAUUGUUAAAAAAAGACAGUCACAAAACGAAGCUUUUAGUGGCACAAACCAGCACAAACGAAGCACAAACGAUUGAGACUAUUUGGGGUGAAUUUGGAGCAUGUGGGGGGGCUGAGUGACCUCAGAAUGAUCUAUAAAUAUUCUUUUAAUAUCUCCAAAACCGAAGCAGCACAAACAAAGCGUUUAUCGGCACAAACCAGCACAAACGAAGCACAAACGAUUGAGACCAUUUGGGGUGAAUUUGGAGCGUGUGGUGGGGCUGGUGACGUCAUCGCACCAUAAUUCAAUGUCUAAUAUUUUAAAAACGGAAGCAGCACAAACGAAACUUUUUACGGCACAAACGGAGCACAAACGAUUGAGACUAUUUUGCCGACGUUUUGCAUUGGUUGGGGGGCCAACUUAUUGUUUUGAAACAUGCCUUAUUUUGUUUUAAAGGUCUCAUACAAUAGAUUUACAUGUAUCCAAGUUAAAAAAAAACACUUUAAUGUGCUCAUAAUUUAAACUGCAGCAUUAUUAAAUGAUCCGUUCUAAAGGA